AAAAACAAAGGGAGAGGAGAGAGGUAAUUGGGUAAACUUUCUCUUGUUGAAGAGCUUUUUCUUCUCUUUAAUUCUUCAAAGAUUCCAUUUUCGCACAAAAAUUAUUUAACUUCAAUAUAAAAUAUCAAUGGGGUUCUAUUCUACUUGUAGCUUUCUCAAAUAAAAAACAUCAUCAUAUCAUUUCAUUUUCUUCCAAAUAUUACAGAGAAAAAGAUAGCAUUUUGAUUCCAUUUCUCCAGUUUGUAUAGCAAUAUCUGAGUUGGUUCGGUUCGGCUUGGAUUUGUGUUGUUGUUAUCAUUGGUGGUGGUGGUGGGUCUUCUUCAUUUAGCUUUGACUCUUUAAUCAAUCAGGAAUUCUACCUUUGUGCAAGACCUUGAUUCUAUGCUGGCCUGACUUUGAGGCCAACUCUGAAAAAUUUUCAUGGCUGGAAUCGAUGAUAACAUUGUUGUGAUUGGAGAUUGGGUGCCUCAUAGUCCAAGCACAAGAGCAGUUUUCUCAGCAAUGUUAGGUGAUGACAUUGGCUCAAGAGAACCACCUAGUGAAACUAGGGCUGAGGGACUCUUUUCAGGAUCACAAGAGAAGAUGACAUCAGGAAAUACUGGCAAAAAGGACAGGUUGCAACAGGGUGUGUCUACUGAGUUAGGUCAUUUGUCAGAGCAGAAAUCGAGCUCACGUGGUAGUCUUGUGGAAAGAAUAGCGGCCAGGACUGGUUCAAAUGCACCGAGAUUAAAUACUGAAAGCAUCAGAUCAUCAGACCUUUCGCCAAACCCUGAUAUUAGAUCUCCUUACCUGACAAUACCACCUGGUCUCAGUCCAACAACACUGCUGGAUUCUCCAGUUUUCCUUUCAAAUGCACUGGCACAACCAUCUCCAACAACUGGAAAAUUUCCAUAUAUCCCAAAUGGUAAUGGUAAAAGUUCAUUAAUCUCAGACGCCCCGGAUAAAAGUAAAGACAAUUUUUUUGAGGACAUAAAUGCAUCAUCAUUUGCGUUUAAGCCUAUUGCAGAAGCAGGUUCUUUUUCCCUCAGUGCACCAAACAAGCAAUUCUUUCCUAGAAUUGAAGUCUCUGUUCAAUCUGAGAAUUCCCAUCAGUCUCAAAAUGUUGAACCAGCUAAUAUUCAUUCUCAUUAUGGGAAUAGCCUCAAUCUUCAGAGAGACUUCUCCAGAUCAUCUACCGAAGAAGAUAAUAGGUGUAAUACCAUCAAUGCAGAUCAAAGGGUCUUUGAUACUGUUGGUGGAAGUAUGGAGUAUUCUCCACCUCUGGAUGGGCAACAGGAUGAAGAAGGGGAUCAAAGAGGCAGUGGAGAUUCCAUGGUUGCUGGUGCUGGAGGUGCAUCGUCAGAUGAUGGAUAUAAUUGGAGGAAAUAUGGACAAAAACAAGUGAAAGGAAGUGAGUAUCCACGUAGCUAUUACAAGUGCACACAUCCCAAAUGUCAGGUUAAGAAGAAAGUUGAGCGGUCUCAUGAAGGCCACAUAACAGAGAUUAUAUAUAAAGGAAGACACAACCACCCUAAGCCUCCACCUAACCGCCGAUCAGCCAUUGGAUCAAACCCACUUCUUGACAUGCAAUUGGACAACCCUGAACAGGCUGGACUACAGAGUGGUGCUGAUAGUGAUUUUGUCUGGGCAAAUACGCAAAAGGGAACUACUGCUGGAACUCUUGAUUGGAGGCAAGACAAUGUCGAGGUGACAUCAGCAGCAACUGUGGGUCCUGAACACAACCAAUCUACCUCUUUGCAUGCCCAGACUGGUACACACUUUGAGAAUGGUGAUGCUGUGGAUGCCUCAUCGACCUUUUCUAAUGAUGAUGAAGAAGAUGAUGGGGGGACACAUGGUAGUGUGGGUUAUGAUGGUGAAGGAGAUGAAUCUGAGUCAAAGAGAAGAAAAAUUGAAGCUUAUGCAACAGAAAUGAGUGGAGCCACCAGACCUAUUCGUGAGCCCAGAGUUGUGGUCCAGACAAUCAGUGAAGUGGAUAUCCUUGAUGAUGGAUAUCGCUGGCGCAAAUAUGGGCAGAAAGUCGUGAAAGGAAAUCCCAACCCAAGGAGCUAUUACAAGUGCACUAGUGCAGGCUGCACAGUGAGAAAGCAUGUGGAGAGGGCAUCACAUGACCUGAAGUCUGUGAUCACCACAUAUGAGGGAAAGCACAACCAUGAUGUACCUGCAGCUCGUAAUAGCAGUCAUGUAAAUUCUGGCUCCUCUAAUGCUGUUACUGCCCAAGCUGUGGCUGUGAGUCAAACUCACAUUCAUAGGCCAGAAGCACUGCAAAUUCACAAUGGCAUGGGGAGAUUUGAUAGGCCUGCUGCAUUUGGUUCUUUCAGAGUACCUGGAAGGCACAAUUUGGGACUUACUCCCGGCUUCUCAUUUGCAAUGAAUCAACCAGGUCUGGCCAAUCUAGCUAUGGCAGGACUGGGCCCUGGCCAAGCAGAACUGCCUGUUCAUCCAUAUUUGAUUCAGCAACAUCAAGUGAACGAAAUGGGCUUCAUGAUGCCAAAGGGAGAACCAAAGGUGGAGCCAAUGUCAGAACCUGGUCUAAACUUGUCUGAUCGUUCAGCAGUGUACCGACAGCUUAUGAGUAGGCUGCCUCUUGGACCUCAGAUGUAAAUGUUUCUGCUUUGUUUUAUCCAUUAUAUUCUAUGUAUAUCAUUAUAAUUUUUUUUGUUGUUCUGAGGAAAGUAGUAAUAUUUAUAAAUCCAUACAUAACACUGUUAGUUUCAUUGGUGAUCCACUUUAUGACUCUUUGGUCAGUGGAAAGUUAUGAUAGACAAAAAUUUUAUUCACCAAA